ACGCAAGCAGUGGACAUGGAGAAGGUCAACUCCAUGGACUUUGGAGAAUUUGUGGAUGUGUUCGGGAAUGUCGUUGAGAGAUGCCCUCUGAUUGCGGCUGCUGUGUGGUCCCAGCGCCCGUUCUCCAACUCGGAAGAUUUAGAGAAGCACUUUUUUGCCUUUAUUGACGCCCUUCCACAGUCAGGCCAAGAGGGCAUCCUGCGCUGCCACCCGGACCUGGCGGGCCGCGAGCUGCAGCAGGGCACGCUCACUGCGGAGUCGCGGCGGGAGCAGAGGGGCGCGGGCCUGAUGAGCCUGGACGCGGCCGAGCGGCUCCGGCUGGCGGAGCUCAACGCUCAGUACCGCGCGCGCUUCGGCUUCCCCUUCGUGCUCGCCGCGCGUCUCAGCGACCCGGCGGCGGUGCCGGGGGAGCUGGCGCGCCGGCUGCAGCGCCCGCCCGCCGAGGAGCUGCGCACCGCCCUGGGCGAGGUGAAGAAGAUCGGCCGCCUGCGCCUCGCCGACCUCCUCGGCGCCGCCGGCCUCGCCGGACCGUAGCGGGCGCGCGAGCCCGGGACCCCGGGCGCGCGUCGGGACCGGCCGCGGCGGGCGGCUGGCGCGGGCCCGGAGCGGCGUCCACACGCGCACGGAGGGAGGGGAGCGGCGGAGCCAUCGGGCGAGUAAUGAGCCCCUUUGUCCACCCACCCAGCCGCCCACCCGCGCACGCUUUGCCAACGUAUCUGUAGGGGGUCGCGCUUCGCCCCGAUUGAGCCAGCUCACUGCUUCGAUUCUACACUCCCUUUGCAGCCCGUUUGACGCCACCGGCCUUUGGCUCCCCAUCCCCUCCUGCUAAGCCCGAGCCGCAAGGCAAAAACGGGCGGAAAAAGGAAUCUUUUCUUCCGCAGCGGUGUGUCUGUUUGUUUUCUUCUUCUCCCCCCUCAUUUGCCGCACCCGACAUUUACAGGCGAGCGGAAGGCGUUUUCUCACUCUGGGGCGCCUGCUGGAAGCUGGAGCCAGGAAGGAGAAACACUGGUGCGGGGCCUUGGUGCCGGGGAGGCCGCGUGUGGGGGAAGGUGGGCAGGAGGGAGCCCCGUGAUGGGCCGACGUUGGGAAGGCGCCCCGUGGGGGCAGGCGGAGUAGCUGGCACGGUCGCCCUUGAGAGAGGGUUGGGAGUGGGGCGUCUCCAGGCCGGAUGGGCCCAAAAGUCAGGGGCAGGCGGCCUCCCCGGCUCUCCCAGAGGUCGGCCCUUGAGAGCUGACUGGUCAGACCCUCA